GCCCACUGUCCCGGACUUCAUGCAAGCAGCGACAAUAUGACAGAAUCAGGGAAAAGGCCAAACUUCCUUGUGAUUGUCGCCGACGACCUUGGCUUCAGCGAUUGCAGUUGUUUUGGGAGCGAGAUACAAACUCCCAACAUCGACCGUUUAGCUAGCAAGGGGUUGCGAUUCACGAAUUUUUACGUCGCCGGGGCGUGUUCACCCACUCGUUCUAUGCUCAUGACAGGUACCGACCAUCACAUAGCUGGGCUGGGUCAGCUCUCCGAGUAUACUAGGAAUUCCCCGGCGCACCAGGGGAAGCCUGGGCACGAGGGGUAUCUAAAUGAUAGAGUUGUCACCCUGCCACAGCUUUUGAAGGAUGCCGGGUAUUUUACUGUUAUGAGUGGGAAGUGGCAUUUGGGACUGAAGCCGGAAUAUUCGCCACAUGCCAGAGGCUUUGACAGAAGUUAUGCUCUGUUACCCGGCUGUGCUAACCAUUAUGGUAAGUACAUUGUAUAUGCUUGCUGAGUUGCCAAUAGGGUCUACCAAGUCCCGCGCUUGGUCUCCCCAUCUCUCCUACCCGCUAGACGGAUCGCGCUCGUCAGGCACAUACUGACUGUUUGCUACAGGAUUUGAGCCCCAAUACGAUGACCAUCUGCCGGGCUUCUUCGAGACGGCCGUGACGGCCCUACAUAUGGAGAACUCGACCUACGUCCCUCAGAACCCUCCAGAACCCAAUUUCUAUUCUUCAGACUUUUACGCAUCAAAGCUAGUCAACUACCUAGAAGCACGGACGCCCGAUGAGAAAUCCAGACCAUUCUUUGCGUACUUACCCUUCUCCGCCCCUCACUGGCCUUUACAAGCCCCAGAAGCUUCGGUCAGGAUGUACGAGGGCCUCUACAAAGACGGACCCGAUGCCCUUCGCCUCCGUCGCCUGGAAAGUCUCAAGGCCUUAGGUCUUGCACCUUCCAGAGUCCAUCCACAUCCAGUCGUAGCCCCGGAGUCCGCAGAGUGGAAUUCCAUGACUCCGGAUGCCCGUGCUAAAUCUGCCCGCAGCAUGGAGGUCUAUGCAGGCAUGGUUGAUCGCAUGGACGAAAACAUAGGACGGGUCCUCUCGUCCCUGGAAGCCUCGGGCGAAGCAGAGGACACCUAUAUCCUCUUCAUGUCCGAUAACGGUGCCGAAGGUGCAAGCCUCGAAGCGCAUCCGAUAAUGGGGGACGAGGUCAUAUCUCAUCUGGAGAAAUACUAUGAUAACAGCCUCGAUAAUAUUGGGCGGUAUAACUCUUUCGUCUGGUACGGGACACGGUGGGCACAAGCUGCUACUGCCCCGUGCAGGCUUUACAAAAUGUUUAGUACUGAGGGGGGUGUCAGGGUUCCACUUGUCCUGAAGACGCCGGGGGCGGGAAAGGAGGAGGCGGAGAUAAGCCAUGAGUUUUGUACGGUGAUGGAUCUGGUGCCUACGAUCCUCGAUCUGGCCGGUGUCGAACAUCCUGGAACAUCCUAUAACGGCAAGCCAGUCGCCCCGCUUCGAGGGAAGAGCAUGACAGCCUAUCUCUCCUCCCGUGAACAGAUACACUCUUACGACGAAGCGUCCGGGUGGGAAAUUGCCGGUAGCGGUGCGAUUAGGAAGGGAAAGUACAAGAUCACCUAUGUGCCCGCACCCAAGGGCCCCCAGCGCUGGGAGUUGUUUGACUUGCAGAGCGAUCCCGGCGAGACGAAGGAUCUUAGUCGAAGAUUGCCGAAGGUGAUGAAAGAGAUGUUGGGGUGUUGGGAGAAGUACAAGCGGGAGGUUGGCGUUGUUGGGCUUGCCGGGGAGUUGGGUGAUAUCCCACUUACGAUUGACGAGUUUGAGGAUACGGGCAAGUGGACGAGGUUCUUGGCGAAGGGUGGUAUUCCCAUCGCCUCUUAGACCUGUAUUGAGGAUGGCCGCUCUUUGUUUUUUUUUUUCGCGCCCACUGCUUAUGGGUUGGGGGAGAAUUGUCUAGUCAAGAUGAAUGCAAUAUUACCAUAUUCAUUGAUAGCCCUGGUUAGCAUGGUUGGAAGCGAACAAUCAUGCUGCUCCACAAUGGCGCUGCCAGAUCAUUAUAUAUCACUCGCUUGGCUUUUACUUGCUACUGAUACACAUGUAUGUGGGUUGUGAUACGAGCUCUAGUUGUGCCGGGCUGAAGUGGCCACUUAUAGGUCGUAAGAGUGUGCCGAGUAGGUCCGUAGCUCCUCAAGUGAAACGAGCCCAAGAGGAGAAUCCCAAC